AUGUGUGUCUCUGCACCAACGGGGAGCGUUAAAACUUUGGCCUACGUACUCCCUGUCAUCGAGGCGCUGCCAAGCCGAAUCAUCACCCACCUCCGUGCUCUUGUUGUACUUCCUACUCGCGAUCUGGUCACUCAGGUCAAGGAGACAUUCGAAGCUGUUGGUAAGGGAUGUGGCCUAAAGAUAGGAACCGUGACGGGUCAACGUUCAUUUAGUCGCGAACAAGCCCAGCUCAUUGAAAACAUCUCGAUUUCGAUGAGGGGUGGUUCGAGCAAGCUAGACAUCUUGAUAUGCACUCCCGGUCGACUCAUGGAUCAUCUUAACGGGACACCCAAUUUUGCCCUCCAACAUCUACGAAUUCCUGGUGAGAAACUGAGGCAACUCAAAGAGAAUUUUUCUGAAAGAGCAUUUUCCUCAGGUGAUCGACGAGGCGGAUCGCUUACUGGCGCAUUCCUUCCAGGAUUGGACCCUGGCAGACUUGCCUCACUUGACCCACGGAAUCCCAAGUAUUUCAUCAUUCAGAGUCGAGCAGAAGGGGGAGACAAGUCUGCUGCUUUGGACGUUAUCUUCGAAAAGUUUGCUAUACCUGCUACAUUAUCAGAACACAUGGUCAUUUGCGACCUGUAUUUAAAGCCCCUUAUACUUCUCCACUUCUUCUACGAUCUCUCGAUCCACGGUGUGCUGGUAUUCACCAAGUCGUCCGAAUCGGCCUCACGUCUGGUUUAACGCCCAGGAACUUCAUAUGUAGGUCUUUUUAAAAGAAAUUUCUGAGGGGGCUUUACUCGCUUUUCUCGUUAGAUUAGUGUGCUCGGAUUUGAUAUCGCGGGGUGCCGACAUCAGCCACGUCUCGCAUGUAGUUAGCUAUGACGCACCCGUCGACAUGCGAAAGUAUGUUCACUGAGUGGGUCGCACUGUUCACGCCGGGAGGACUGGUGAUGCAUAGGCACUUGUCGAAGAACAGGAGGUGUUAUGAUGUUUAUGUAAUUUGAAGGCAGAAGCUAAUCAUUCCUUCCUAGGCACGUUACUUCAAGGGAAUGGUGCGCGGACACUCCCAUCUGGAGAGGGUAAAACAAAGAAAAAUUCCUCAAAAGGAGACGGAAGGGCUUUCUCCAACAUAUCAGGUUCGCAGAUCGUUAUUUGUUGCUGUC